AUGAACGCACCCGAAGGAGAGGUUAGGUUCGUGCCCAAGCAGGCUCUAGCGCCUACACCCCAGCUAUACGAUGAACUCGUUUUUGAUAGCAUGGAAAAUCUUGCCAAAGCUUCUCUUGACGGGUGGCCUGUCGAGGAGAACUGGGAUAAGGCUAUCAACAUCAUGUCAACAUCAUCAAGCAAGAGCUUAAGAAGACUGACGGGUAUCAGGAACUUCCGGGUGGUAAGAGCCUACUAA